CUCUGCUUAAAAGAUGGCCUAUUAUGGAAAAUGCAUUGAGAUUGUAAUGGAGCAGCUUGACAAAUUUAAGCCCGAGAAGGACAAUCCUGAGCAGUUCCUGGAGACGGCAUCUACCUCCUUACAGCAGCUCCAGACUCUGCCCAGGUUGUCAUCCUAUACACAAGCGCUGCAACAUGCUGAUCGGCUCUCUGGACACUACCUGCUCUGAGUCCCCUUGCCCCCCGAGGCUCUGGCUUCUCCUUGUCAGGGUACUCAGAAGUCACCCCACCUGCUAAUAGGUCCAGUUCUUCCUCCAUCCAGCACAGACCUCUCUCCCCGACCCUAGCCUCUUGCAGCCAAUGAUAUGACACAGAAGCUAGCCUCCCUGCAGAGCCCCUCAGCUCCACCGUGCCCUCCCGGUUCUCCUGCCCACCCUCACGUCCACGCCUCCCUGGUGCUUUUCGAACAGUCCAUUCGUUCCUCCCACUCUCCUUGCCACUCCCCACCCACCCACCCACUUGGAACCCCCAGCAUGCUCCCUGGCUGCUAAGUCUUUCGGGGCCUUGGUAGAAGAAGGGCCCUUUCUUUCAAGCGAGGCAGAGAGAGAAGUCAGUGCCAUUACUUUCUGAGGACCACGACAGAAAACUGAGUUUUAGGUCUCACAAUUAGUGUGAGGCACUUUUUCCGUUAACAACCAAUAGAUUAAUGGUAAAUGAGUCCUAGUUGUCACUUGGGAAAUCACAAAGUCGUGACCAUCUGUGUGCCUUUCCAUGAGACGCCUAGCACUCCGACGCCACCCAGCAAGUUGGCAGCAGUGGAUGGAGCUGAUGUAUCCCGGAAGCUGAUCUUCACCUCAGGCAGAGACGCAGAGCUCCUGCUUCAGAUGUUGCUCCUUUCAGGCUCUGAGCCCCCAGAAGCUUGCCUUUGUUUUGGAGAUUCUGUCCGGCUGCCUUGAAUACCAGAAGUUACUGACCAUCGUGGUGGAUGCCUUCUAUGUACGGGACGGGCGGCUCUGCCUGUGGGCCGACUACAGCCUCUUUGAGGUGAUCUGCUACUUGGCCAUGUUCCAGCUGGAUGAGCUCGGCUUCCAGCUCUUCUGCAACAUCAUCAGGUCCCAGCCUGUGGACAAGACUUGCAAGUUCCUCAGGUUCUUCUUUAACCCCUUGAACCUGUGCUCAUGGAUCAAAGACGAGUGGAGCCUCAUCUACGACACGACCCACGUGAAGGAGAACUGGAUCGACCCUCUGAUGAGAUGGCAGCCAGAGGUCCAGGAGCUAAUCAAGCAACUGGAGGGGGUGCCAACCGAUCAAACUCUUCUUGUGAAGACCAAGGCCAAGGUCACACGGCCCAAGGAAUUCAACCUGACUGUCCCGAAGCCCCGUGCCAUUACAAUGCCUGAGCCAGUACCCACUGUGGCCAAGACAAAACCUGUCCCUCAGAGCACCUACCAGGAGCCCGUGGAGCAGCAGCUUCUGCAAAUGAUCAAAAGAUACAACCGCCGGAAGGCUGAGGAGCUGCUACUGAAAGCGAACAUGGAAGAGCUACGGUGUGCUAUGCCCCGGUUGCACAGGGAUCCACAAGCACAGGACUUCGAAAAGCAGGAGCAGCUUCAAUCUGCAUCCCCAAUACGCAGGACUCCAAAUGUGACCUUCUUCAAGCCUAACACCUUUCCGGUCAAGCUGAACACGGCUACCAUCCUUCGAGAAGGGGCCUUGUACCAGCGGCAGGUGGAGAAGGAGCUGCAGAGAGUUGAUAAGCUUGUGGAUGGGGCUGGAGACUUCUCUGAGUUCCUUGAGUGGCAGAAGAAGAUGCAGGCAAAGGACCUUGAGGAGCAGCUAGCUGCAUGCGAGUGCCGGCGGCUGCAAGGGAAGCUGAGCCAUGAGGAGGCCAUCUUGGCCCGGCAGAACCUCAUCCAGGAAAACAAGCUGAAGGCUGACCAGAAGAAGGAGGAGACAGCUGAGCUAAUGCUGCAGUGUGCUGAGAGGCGCCUCCAAGAGGAGAAGGCCAUGAAAGAGCUGGUGGGGCAGAUCAUUGAAGCCCAGAAGAAUGUCAAGGUGGCCCAGAUGAAGCUUGUGAAGGGCCGGCAGCAGAUAGUUCAGGAGGUGAUAGAAGAGAGCCGGGAGCUGCUGCAGCGUAGCAUGGAGGCGGCCAAAGAGGAGCAGAGACGGCGCUGUGAGCUCACCGCCCAGCUGCGAGCACUGGAGACGCAGCCCACACGCAAGGGCAAGCUGGUGGACCUGACCCAGAUCCCAGGAUAUGGUCUGGAAGGCGAGAUGUCUGUUGUGGAACUUCGAGAAAGGCUGGCCCUGCUCAAAGAGACCCAGAAACGAGAGCAGGAGGAAAAGCGGGAUCAAAUCAUUCAGGACAAGCGAGUCAAAAGCCAAAAGCUACAGAACACAAUGGAGCAAAUCUCACUGUGCCGCACAGCCAUGGGCAGAACCGCAGCCUUGAGGUGGGAGAAAAAGAAGGCCCAGGCUGGAAGUCUGGGGACACCCUCCCAGGACGAGCGUGUGUUGGAGCUGCAGCGCCGAAUGGAGGAGAGGGUGGCUGAGCGCCGCAGGCAGACAGCGAAGCUGCAGGUGUCGCCGCCCCGGACCGUGCGCCCCCAGCUGCGGGCUCAGGAGGAGGCGCAGCACUGGCUGAAGCUGGACCAGAGUCGCGAACGCAGGCUGCGGGCAAUGCAAGAGGCUGACCGCACCUGCGAGCCUACCCAUCACCUGGAGGCCGCCUGAUCAGCCCGGCGGCCAUGCGCAAACACCGCGCUUGGCCGCCGACCUGCGCCCCCCGCUCCUGCCCCUCCAAGAGCAGCUCUUUUCCAGCACUCCAGCCACAAAGCCAACCUGCUCCAGCCUGCUCCUGUAUGGUUGCCCCAGAAAAGACGGUGCAGUGGCGCAGGAGAAACGAUAAACAGCUACUCUUGCUCCGGACUGCAACUGUACGUUUUUAUGUGCCCUUCCCUAUGCCCAGCAGGGCUUUUUGUAUGGCUGGAAGCCCCACUCUCCAACCGGAGCAAAUAGAUAUAUGCCUGAGAACCCCACAGCAGCAUGAGAUUGCCAGUGAGGCCCGAUUCUUGAACACCUGCUAUAGACUGGUCCUUGUCAUGCCCCAUGUGGCUCAUCUGAGUGAGCGAUCGCUGCACGCAGCAACUAUCGCCCAGGCCUGUUCUGCUAAUGAGGCCACCUGUGUCAAAGAGGUGACCCUGGCCUGAAAGCCAGGGCUCAGAGCUACCUGCGGGUGCCUUUCAGGGCCCUCUCUCCAGCAUCAUCAAGAGCUUAAAUCCAAGAAAAUCGGAGCCCUUGGGGACACCCCCUCAACAGGGCAAGUAGCAGGCAGAUCAGAGGUGUUCUCAAUUUCUGGCCUUCAUGCUGCUCUGUACUGGGGAAAGCUGGACUUUAAUAAUAGAUGUGUGGAAUGAAUGCCUGCGGGUGAAAUGUAGCCUGAAGAAUAAAGCUGUAUUGUGAUGUUUAGUUCAUAGGAAGAUUGUGGCAAGUCAUGGGGAGGGAAUAAGCAAGGAGAAACUGCUAGAUGGGUAGAUGUUCAAGAGAGAGACAUCACCCCCUGGCCAUCCUCCUUAGGCCUGCAGAGAAGAGGGGCACCUCAGGUGGUGAGGCUGUACCCCAGGGCGCUUUCAGACCAAGAAAGUCUCUUAGCAUUGACCGGAGUCCUGUGUCAGUAUUGAGAACUAACAGAAUUCCAAGGCUCUUUACAAUCCCGGGUGGGGGGUGGAGGGAGAAAGGAAUGCCCAUCUCCCUGUUGAAUUAGAAUUGGGGGCAGAUUCAAUUUUACUUAAAUAAAAAUCACGUUUCUUACA